AUGGCCUACUGGAUCUAUGCACUGAGGAGCAGCUGGAUCUUCUCAACUCGAUCGAUACACUCCGCUCUUAAGUCUGUGGUGACCAGUCCUCUGGCAAAAGUUCCGUUCUCGAAGCGAUAUCCAGUGUUGGGUUCCCUGUCAAAAGCAAUCUAUGUACCCGAUUUCCUACCGAGCUUGUUCUCCGAAAGUAUCCCUAUAUUAGCGUUCGAGUGUCCAUCGUACCUCAAUAAACACGCAGUGAUGUUAAGCAACUUAGAUAGCUUCGAAGGUCUACCAAUCUUAAUCGAAAAAGCUAAAGGAGCUAUAGGAAUAACGACCUAUAGAAAAGCCUUUUUAAAUAACCUCCUCCGGGUCGAAGUAUCAGGCCCCGAUCGCCCUCAUCUAACUAUUAUUAACCUCCCUAGACUUAUUUAUUCGGAAACCAAGCAACAGUCCGCGAUAGACGUCCACCUUAUCUAG